AUGUUCAAAAAGAUCAAGGAGUUUGUUCAAAGCCUUGAAGAGGAUGAUGAGAAAAGAGCAGAAUUCAUUGAAGCGCGGGAAAAGUACAUUUCUAUGAAGCUGCACAACCCGAGCUUGGUGCUGAGAAACAAACAAGACUUGUGGCCAAGACGAAUUGUCUCCCUCAGCAAGAAAAUGUCUACUUCGAUGGCUGCUCCGAAAACAUACCUUUGUGAGCUUUCAUCCUACAAGAAAAAGUUUGGUGCGCCUGAUCCCUCAAAGGUGAUUCAGAGGAGGUUUAAUGGCAAGCUAGUCACUGGCGUACUUGUCAUCAAAGAAGAAGAUGAAGGGAUGUACGCCAUCAGUCAUGAGGAGGAAAUGGCAGCCCAAAAUCGCGGAGACAUGUCAGAUGUCAAUCUCAGAGAAGGUCAAGACCAGGAAAUGUUUGCUGCGAUGGCUGGCCAGGUGUUGGCAGAUUCUACGCAUGACCUGUCCCCACAAAUGCUUUUGCCUCCUUCUGAUAUCACUCCCAGGGGCAUCACUCCUGGGCGCAAGAAGCAAAAGGUUCUUUGUGAUCAAGAAAAAGGCGGAGAAAGUGAUGCAGCAUCCGAUUCAGGAUCUGAUGCGCCAGCGCCCACAGAUUUCCUACGAAGCUUCCAAUCAAGUGGGAAACCAGCUACACAGAGCUCAUUGAAGCCUCAGAAUUUCAACUUUCUGGAGGCGCGACGGAGUUCUCCGUCUAAGCCCAGUCCGCCUGCUCCUUGUGAGACAUCGGCAGCCAUGCCCAGCAAGCUCAAUACUUCAGAGCCUCUGCCGGAGGAAGAAGAUGAGAAGGACAAGGAAUGCCGGCCCCGCAAAAGACAGAUGGAGGAGCGCCAAGAGGAGGAGAUGCCUGAGCCUCAGCCAAAGAAAGCAUCAAAAGGCAGAGAGAACUUCAAGAAUCCAAAGCAAACAACGCAGCUACCUGCACCAGAGAUCAUGGAUUCAGAUCUUGUCCUUUCACCAGAAGCUGUGAAGCAGUUUCCGAGUGAAGAUGAUGCAGAAGAGAAAGCCAAGGAAGCAAAGCCAAAGAGUGGGGGGAGAAAAUCCCAAAAACAUAUCCAAGCAGAAGAUAUGGCUUUCCUUUGGUCACGCCAAGCGGAGCUCAAGAUGGCUUUGGUGACACUGCCUGAGAUUGAGGGGGAGGAUGGCAUUCCACAGUUUUGUCAGGAUCUGAACACUUCUUUGUCAUCGCUCCAGGCAACUAUUUCCAAGAAGGUCACAAGUACCAAGAGGCGCAAAACAAGCAAGUCUCCCGAAGAACCUGCAGCCCUCAGCCCUGAGAUGCAGCAAGUGGUUGAGACAGCCAAAGCCUUUCAAUGCCUUUGCUCACAUUUGGGAAUGCCAAAGACCAAUGCUGAUGAUGUGAAAGACAUCUACCUUCUUUUGACGGACAAAGGUUGGACCUUCCCAACUGUCAUCGUUCUCAAGGUUUGCCGCUUGAAGCUUUGGGAGGAGAUGAAAUUCAACAAGUAUGCCAAGGUUGCUGCCUGCUUCAAGAUGUCGCAUGCUCUUGCAGGAAUCAUGCAGAAGGCAGAUGAAGCUCUUGGGGAACCAGGCUAUGUGUCAGGCCAGCUGCUUGAGGGUCUUGUCAGCAAACUGGCUGCUAUGGUGCCAUCCAAAGGCUCAGCCCGGGCAGUUUUGGAGUCGGUGCAUGCCAUCAACCUUGCCAACCUCGUUGCGGCCUUCGCUUCUUGCCGGUCAGAGUGCUACUUCUCUGACCAAAUCAAAGAUCAACUGCAGAAUCUUUGGUCUUUCUUUUCCUUUUUGAGCACGGCAGAGGGGGAGGAGAGCAGGAAGAGCUUGGUAACCUCUGCUGAUGAUGCCCUGAAUGCGGUCGCUCUAGUCCUCGAUUGCAACGCAACAGAGCACCUUCUUUUCAGCUCAUUGAAGCAGGCUGCAGGCGUGGUUGCAUUGCUUUCUCACAUAAAGGGCAUCAUCAAGAGAAGGGCCAAAAAGGGAGAUAACCCUGUGAUUCUGCUUGAGCUAAAAGCCGAACUGGACCGUCAGUUUGAUGCCAUGACAGCAUCCAAGCUUAAGCAGUCUGAUCUUGCCGGUGCCAAUGCUUUCAACUCGUGCGAUGAGAUCGCCCAGUGCUGGAAGACACUCUAUGACAGGAUCCAAGAAGCCUCGCAAGACCUGCCAGAUCACGCAGCAAAGCUUUCUGAGAUGCAGAAGGAAUGGAAGGACCGCACUUUGCAGUUACUGAGGCUGCACAUCACUUUCGAUCUUGCACCGUUUCUUGGCCAGCUUGCGGAGGAUAUUGCUUCGAACAAACCCGGUCAAACCCCGCCCAAGUGGCAUGUGGCUUCACUCCGGGGUUUGCUAGAUGUUCUGCAUUGUGCUUUUCUCACACACGACUUCAUCGGUAUGAUCAGCCUCAAAAUGGUUGCGCUAACGCGUGGGAAUGCCCUCUCAGAUGGAGAGUCUGCUCAAAUCUUGAAGCAGUGGGAGGACUUGCAAGAGCGCUUGUGCAAAGAGAGUCUGCCGGACAUAGACUUGUGCCCAAAGCAAGUGGGUGCUUUUGGGCAAGCUUUGAGGGUGAGGAUUAGAUCUGAUGUGGUGGCAAAGGCCGGCCAAGUGCAGAAGGACCUGCAGCUGCAACUCUUGAACAUUGUGGGGGAAGAGAUUGUGCCUGAGGAAGCGUGGGAUGUCUCAAGAUGCGACCAACUCCUUUGUUUGGCCACUGGUUUUCCAGCAGAGCUACGUGCCCGAGCUGAGGAGGUCCAGGAAUUUGCGCAGGUGACCAAAACCUUCAUUCAACUGAGUGACAAGGUCACGGCAUUCGAUGAAGCUAUCCAGAAAAUGAAGGUGGAGGAGAAGGUCCCCAACACAGUGAUCAAAGCAUUGCAAGACUUGAACUUUGGCAAGAUGGACAAGAUUCCGGGCAUCCUUUUGGGGGAGCAAGGGGGUGCAGAGCAUAAGCAGGCAGUCACUGAAGGGUUGAAGCAAAUUGAGACCUGGUUGGAGAAGAAGUGGGAUGAAGACUUGUCAGAGAAGCUGGCAACCUUUGUAAAUCCAGACAGCGAGGCUUUGCGUACUAUUUGCUCUCAGAUGCCUGACUAUGGCUCAGUCAGUUUGAAGGAUUUUUCCAAGGCUGUCAAGAAUGGACAGGUGGGGGAAAAAGCGGCAAAGCUGAAGAGGAAGGUGGAAGCUUGUCUUCAGUGGGGCCACCAUGGUGGGCUAGAUGUGAAGUUUUGCAAGGCAGCCUCAGCAAUUGCCAACCAAGCCUUGGCUUUGGUUUCUACUUCCACCGUCGGGCUUCUUGUUGAGAACAAGCUUUGGGCAGAGAUGACCCCUGCUCUUGCCUCAACGAAAGGGUCGAAACAUGCAGCGCUCCACAAGCAGUUGGUUGACACCUGCAGCUUCAUCCAGAACACCGGCUUGGAAAUCCCUGCUCGUCUUCAAGCCGAAAUGACAGAUCGAAUUCAAUCUGGACGAACGUCCACGAAAUGA